CGGAGUUGAAACUUUUUCGUUGUUCGUUGAAUGCACACAUAGGCGACACGAGACAGAUUGGCAAGAUUUUGUGUAGGUACGACGAGAUGAUCGUGCGUUGUUUGUCGGCAUGUGCCGUCUUGGAGAAGGACGAGCAGGACGCGAUGCUGGAAGUGUUUGACAGACGACGCACCAUGUUCAAGUCGCCUGCUCAUGUUGCUGCCAUGAUGUUGGACCCCGAGUUUCAAGAGCGCACAAUGCCAGACGAUGAGGAGAUGCAGCACGGUUUGAAACUCGCCCUGAUUCAGUUUGGGUACCCAGAGCAUUCGGAUCAGCACAACGAGGUCCUGACUGCCAUUGACAAGUUUCAUUCUAGGGAGCCGCCGUUCGACGACGUCGCCGUGGACCGGGCGGCGAGGAGCUAUACCCAUCCAGCCUGUUUCUGGGAGUCGAAGGAGAAGAGGUUUCCGCACACGGCCUUCUUUGCUGGCAGGAUACUGCGUGUGUGGGCGAUUGCAUCGCCUUGCGAGACAGCUUGGUCCCGCUGGAGCUUCAUCCACUCCAAAUCCCGUAACAGAUUGGAGGUGGCACGGGUGGAGGAGGAGGUGCUCACCGACCAGCAGCUUGUCUCAGACCGAGGAGCCCGUGUGACUGUGAUGCAGGAGGAGUUGAUGCAUGCGAGAGAGAGGAUGAGCGUCGUGUCCCGCAUGAGAGCUACUCGUCGAUUGCGGGAGUCUGACAGGAGGAGGUGUCGUGGCGGCGGUCGCGGAGGUGGUCGUCGGGGUGGUCGUGGGCAAGGCGGGCGUGGAGGUCCAGGCGGGAGGCGGAGUGUCACGAGUCAUGGAAGGACGGCGUACGAGCUUGUACACAAGCCUCGACAGCGAUGGGAUGAGGGAGACUUUUUGUACGAGAGCUCGUCCAGUGACGGUGAGGAUUUCUUUGGGACUGGCAGACCUGCACAGGAUGGCGACAACGAUUUCGACGACCGUCACCCGGACGUAGACGGCGACGGUGGCGUCGGACGUGAUGGUCGCGGUGGUGGAGGAGAUCGGCCACGACCUUGCGGUGGUGGACGAGAUCGGCCACGAGACCGGAGAGACGCUGACAGAGGGCCUGACGAGGGAGCGAGACAUUGUCGCGAUGAUGGUGACGCUGAUGCACGGAGCAGCGCAGGGGCCUCGAGACCUGCAAAUGGUGACACCAUGUGUGGCGACGGGGCAGGAGGCGAGCACCACACAACACCGGAUGACGCUCGAGAUGGAGCGGACGAUGACGGUUCACGACUUGUCCCAGGCGGUGACUUGAGGCGCUUCAAACGUGGACCAAGGGAACGAGACACUAUCGCUUCACGUGUGCGCAAACGUCGUGAGGAAGGGUCUACAGAUGGGCCAGUUGACGCAGUCGAAAGAGAAGCAAGACCCCCACGCCCAUCGUCAAACUCAGAGCAUCAUCCCAUUACCACGGGUGCCGGCGCAGUUAGGGGCAUCCCCGCCACGGACACCACGGACGCGACACAACAGCCUGUGCUUGGGUCAUCGCCGACAGCACGGCGCGACAGAGCUACUGUUUCGCCGACAGUGGCAUUCUAUGCCAGCGGGAGCAGUACUGGGGGGCUGGACAAGCAGGGAUUCCGGAUUGUUGGCAGGCCAUCUGCACCGUCUAUGGGGACACAAUCUAUUGGGAGUGUCGAUGGUGCUCGGCACACCGCCACGACAGAGUUUGAGGACCGACACGGGAGUGCUUUGCCGACGAAGACGUCUGAUGUCCAUGCUACGAGGGCCACGAAGGCGAGUCUUUCUCUGCCGAGGAAGAAGGCCUCGACAAGGAAGGCGUCAUGUUCGUUAUUACAUAUGCGUUCCCAUAUUGGGCGAUCCUGCGUUGUGCAUCUCGAGGACGGAGAGAUUGUACCUAACGAUGAUGCAUUGGAUGUUCGAGGGAGGGCUGCAACGACGGCAGACAAUGUCGCUAGGGAGUGUUCAGGGGAUGAAGUGGCAGGUCAGAAGAGACGAGGCAGUGUACUUAUCGUCCAGGACGACAGCACGGAUGUCGUGCCGUGAGAGACCACAGGCACUGAUGAUGCGGGGGACUCUGAUUAUGUGCCUAAAGCACGGGCGGC